AGUGUGCGCAGGGGCGCGCGCGCGAGCCCGGGAGGAGGCUCCCGAGCGAGUCUGGCCUCGCGGCUCAGCCCGCUUCCCCGCGCCCGAUGUGAGGGAACCGGGUAGGCCAGCGGCGCAGGGGAGGGCGAGGCAUGUGCACGGGCCGGGGGGUGCUGCAGCCGCCCGAGGAAGAGGAGGACGGCGGCGGCGAGGAGCGCAGGGGGCUCGCAGCGGCGGGCGCGGGCCGAGGGGAUGCAGCGGACUGUGUGUGUCUGGCAGUAGCUGACGCGAGGCGGCGAGGAGGCGCCGGAGAUCCGCGAGAGGGGCGAGCAGGCGGCGGCGGUGGCCGCGCGAAGUAGCAGGACGGGCGGCGGCGGCGGCGGAGACAGCAGCCCUGAAAUGCAUUUUCCUCUCCAGCGGCCAUGUUAACCAGGAAACCUUCGGCCGCCGCUCCCGCCGCCUACCCGACGGGCCGAGGAGGGGACAGCGCCGUUCGUCAGCUUCAGGCUUCUCCGGGGCUCGGAGCGGGGGCCCCCCGGACUGGAGUGGGGACCGGCCCGCCUUCCCCCAUCGCCCUGCCGCCCCUCCGGGCCAGCAACGCUGCUGCCGCAGCCCACACGAUUGGCGGCAGUAAGCACACCAUGAACGACCACCUGCAUGUCGGCAGCCACAGCCAUGGGCAGGUGCAGGUGCAGCAGCUGUUUGAGGAUAACAGCAACAAGCGGACCGUGCUCACCACACAACCGAAUGGGCUUACAGCGGUGGGUAAGACGGGCUUGCCGGCGGUGCCAGAGCGGCAGCUGGACAGCAUCCAUCGACGGCAGGGGAGCUCUACCUCUCUGAAGUCUAUGGAAGGCAUGGGGAAGGUGAAAGCCGCCCCCUUGACACCCGAACAAGCGAUGAAGCAGUACAUGCAGAAGCUGACCACCUUUGAACACCAUGAGAUUUUCAGCUACCCUGAAAUAUACUUCCUGGGUCCAAAUGCGAAGAAGCGCCAGGGCAUGACGGGCGGGCCCAACAACGGUGGCUAUGACGAUGACCAGGGAUCGUACGUGCAGGUGCCCCAUGACCACGUGGCUUACAGGUACGAGGUCCUCAAGGUCAUUGGGAAGGGCAGCUUCGGGCAGGUGGUCAAGGCCUAUGACCACAAAGUGCACCAGCACGUGGCCCUGAAGAUGGUGCGGAACGAGAAGCGCUUCCACCGGCAGGCGGCGGAGGAGAUCCGGAUCCUGGAGCACCUGCGCAAGCAGGAUAAGGACAACGCCAUGAACGUCAUCCACAUGCUGGAGAACUUCACCUUCCGCAACCACAUCUGCAUGACCUUCGAGCUGCUGAGCAUGAACCUCUACGAGCUCAUCAAGAAGAACAAGUUCCAGGGCUUCAGCCUGCCCUUGGUGCGCAAGUUUGCCCACUCCAUCCUGCAGUGCUUGGACGCUUUGCACAAGAACAGAAUCAUUCACUGUGACCUGAAGCCCGAGAACAUCUUACUAAAGCAGCAGGGCAGAAGCGGAAUCAAAGUGAUCGACUUUGGCUCCAGUUGUUACGAGCAUCAGCGCGUCUACACGUACAUCCAGUCCCGUUUUUACCGGGCUCCGGAAGUGAUCCUUGGCGCCAGGUACGGCAUGCCCAUUGAUAUGUGGAGCCUGGGCUGCAUUUUAGCGGAGCUCCUGACGGGGUACCCCCUCUUGCCUGGGGAAGACGAGGGCGACCAGCUGGCCUGUAUGAUUGAACUGUUGGGCAUGCCCUCCCAGAAACUGCUGGAUGCGUCCAAACGAGCCAAAAAUUUUGUGAGCUCCAAGGGUUAUCCCCGUUACUGCACGGUCACGACUCUCUCAGAUGGCUCCGUGGUUCUCAACGGAGGCCGUUCCCGGAGGGGGAAACUGAGGGGCCCACCAGAGAGCAGAGAGUGGGGGAAUGCACUGAAGGGCUGUGACGAUCCCCUCUUCCUUGACUUCUUGAAACAGUGUUUAGAAUGGGAUCCUGUGGUGCGCAUGACCCCCGGCCAGGCCUUGCGGCACCCCUGGCUGAGGAGGCGGUUGCCAAAGCCGCCGGCGGGGGAGAAGACGGCAAUGAAAAGGAUCACCGAGAGCGCCGGUGCUAUCACUUCCGUUUCCAAGUUACCUCCACCUUCCAGCUCCGCUUCCAAGCUGAGGACUAAUUUGGCACAGAUGACAGAUGCCAAUGGGAAUAUUCAGCAGAGGACAGUCUUGCCAAAACUUGUUAGCUGAGCUGAGUCCCCCCCACGCUGAUCAUCUGAAAGAUACCAUGUUGCUGAGCCUUAGUGCCGUUGAAAAAGGAGUAGCUCAGACCCGUUUUUAUUUGCUCAAUAACACAACUCAUUUGUAUCUCUUCAGCACUUAUUUUAUUGUAAGAAAGUUGUUUUGUUUUUAUAAAAUACUUGGGGACAAUGCUUUAAGUUUUUUAUACUUUCUGAAACUCUUUGUGUUCUAAAAGUACGAUGAGCCUUACUGUAUUUAGUGUGGCAGAGUAAUAAACAUCAGUGGCAGGCCA